UAAAAUAGAAGCGCUCCGUCAGAUUUUAAAUCGUAACCCUCUGUUUGGGCUGUAGGUCCGGGUCCGUAUGAGACAGCUUCUGGGUCCGUACCCGGACCGCAGUCCGCCUGUUAGUGACCCCUGCUAUAGAGACUACCAUCUGCAGGACAUUUUUACAUAGGGGUUUAGGGAGAGUGACUUGUUGUGUCUCAAGUUAUCGUUUGAGGAAGUGCACUUUUUAACACUUCCUCAUUGGCAUCACUUCAGGCUGCCACUUGAUGCAAAACAGCUGACUCAAACUUCUGAGCUCGAGGCACACUGACCAAAGCAAAGAUGAGGACAUUAUUUGUCUUGCUCCUCUUCUGUCACUUUGCAUCUGCAGUGAAACACUCCCUGAAAUAUUUCCUCACUGCAACUUCUGGACUCCCAAACUUCCCAGAGUUUGUGGGUGCUGCGGUGGUUAAUGACGUUCAGUUGGGUUAUUGUGACAGCAACAUCAAGACAGCAGAACCCAAACAGGACUGGAUGAGAAAAUUCAUACAAGAUGACCCACAACACCUGGAGUGGUAUGCUCUCAAGUGUUUAGGUAAUCAGCAGGUCUUCAGAGCCAACAUUGAGGGCUUGAAGCAACGCUUAAACCAAACUGGAGGUGUCCACAUUUUACAAAGGAUGAACGGCUGUGAGUGGGAUGAUGAGACUGGAGAGGUUCAAGGUUUUAAUCAAUAUGGUUAUGAUGGAGAAGACUUCAUAUCAUUGGACCUGCAGACAUUGACGUGGAUCGCUCCGAAACCACAGGCUUUCAUCACCAAGCUGAGAUGGGAUACUGAAAAAUCUAGAUUAGAUUACAAUAAAAAUUACUACAUCUACAAAUGCCCUGAUUGGCUGAAGAAGUAUGUGCACUAUGGGAAGAGCUUUCUGCAGAGAAGAGAGCUUCCCUCAGUGUCUCUCCUCCAGAAGACUCCCUCCUCUCCAGUCACCUGCCAUGCUACAGGUUUCUACCCUGACAGAGCCAUGAUGUUCUGGAGGAAAGAUGGAGAGGAGUUUCAUGAGGACGUGGAGCACGGAGAGAUCCUCCCCAACCAUGAUGGAACCUUCCAGAUGAGCGUCGACCUGAACCUUUCAUCAGUCACACCUGAAGACUGGAGGAGGUUCGACUGUGUGUUUCAUCUCUCUGGUGUAGAGGACGACAUCGUCACCAGACUGGACAAAGCAGAGAUCAGGACCAACUGGGGUUCUACCUCAGGGUUCACUCCUGGUUCUGUUGUUGGAGUCACUGUCGGACUACUGCUCCUGUCAGCCGGCAUCACUGGACUCCUCAUGUGGAGAAGAAACAAUAAUGGGUUUCAUCCUGCCAACUGAGUAAUGUGGACGAGCAACGUAUAUCCUGUUCAACAUAAAAUGUGCUGCAUAAUGUGGACACUGAUACGAGAAAGACUUUUACUAAAAGCUCAAUUCCAAAAAUGUAAAAAUUAAAUUUUUUAUUUAGAAGGAUUAAUAAAGUGUAUCAGUUUAAACAUGGACACUACUGACACUGAUACUGUAUUUAAAUUAAUAUUGGUCAAAAAGGAUUUGCAAAUCAUUGCACUCUGUAUUAAUUAUGUUUUAAACGUAUUAAUUAACUGCACGUCUUGACAGGCGAACGGUGAAGAUCAGAUGAGGACUACAGAUGGAGAAAGCCUUUGUGCUAAUUGUGAUAUGAUAUACUAUAUAUCCUGUUUGUUUUUGAUUUUUCUAUGCUGCUCUGUGUAUGUUUUUAAAAACUGCAUGCCCUGUGUAAAUAUUGAUGCAUCACAGGAUGAAAGAUCUUAAAUGUUUAAUGCUGUCCAUUUUCUCUGAUAUUUCUCAUCCAUUGUUUAUUCACCUGAUAGACUUUAAUUCACUUUUAACAUUUUAAUGUUUUUUUAUUGUCUUGCACAAUUGAUAUAGGUUAUUAAACUUUUAUUUUAUUUAUUACAACAUUUGAUUUAUUUAUUAUCAUUUUGGGGCUGCAUGUUCCUAUGAAAGAUGCUGUAAAUGAAUAAAGCUCUCCCUCUGGUGGACGUUAUUACAAACUAACAGCAGCC